AUGGAAAAGCCACAAAAAAUGCCUAAAAUGGCAAAAGUCAAAAACAAAGCUCCUGCUGAAAUCCAGAUUACAGCUGAACAAUUGUUAAGAGAAGCAAAAGAAAGGGAUCUAGAAAUUUUACCACCUCCUCCAAAACAAAAAAUAUCAGACAGAGAAGAAUUGGCUGAUUAUCAGCAUAGAAAAAGAAGAGGUUUCGAAGACAAUAUUAGAAAGAAUAGAAGUGUUAUUAACAAUUGGAUCAAAUAUGCUCAGUGGGAAGAGAGUCAAAAAGAAAUUCAAAGAGCUAGAUCUAUAUAUGAAAGAGCUCUGGAUGUUGAUCAUAGAAAUAUUACCCUUUGGUUGAAAUAUACAGAAUUGGAAAUGAGGAAAAAACAAAUAAAUCAUGCUAGAAAUUUAUUUGAUAGAGCUGUAACUAUAUUGCCUAGAGUUAAUCAAUUUUGGUACAAAUACACAUACAUGGAAGAAAUGUUAGGAAAUGUAGCUGGUGCCAGGCAAGUUUUCGAAAGGUGGAUGGAAUGGGAACCAGAUGAACAAGCAUGGAAUACAUAUGUAAAUUUUGAAAUGAGGUAUAAGGAAUUGGAUAGAGCCAGAUUAAUUUUUCAAAGAUUUGUUUAUGUACAUCCUGAAGUCAAAAACUGGAUCAGAUAUGCUAAAUUCGAGGAGAAACAUGGAUUUAUAAACAGUGCCAGAGGUGUUUACGAGAAAGCUUUGCAAUUUUAUGGAGAUGAUAUUGUCGAAGAAAAAUUAUAUAUAGCAUUUGCUAAAUUUGAAGAAACACAAAAAGAACAUGAUCGAGCUAGAGUUAUUUAUAAAUAUGCCCUGGAUCACGUACCUAAAGACAGAGCUCAAGAAAUUUACAAGGCUUAUACAAUACAUGAAAAAAAAUUUGGCGAUAGAACUGGUAUAGAAGAUGUGAUUGUCAGUAAAAGAAAAUUUCAAUAUGAGGAAGAAGUUAAAGCGAAUCCUAGUAAUUAUGAUGCUUGGUUUGAUUAUCUUAGACUUAUCGAAAGUGAGGGUAACGUCGAUAUUAUUCGAGAUAGUUACGAACGUGCCAUAGCCAACAUUCCACCGUCUAAAGAAAAGACAUUUUGGAGACGUUACAUUUACUUAUGGAUAAAUUACGCUUUGUUCGAAGAAUUGGAAGCAAACGACAUGGAACGAACGCGUCAGGUAUACAGAGCCUGUUUAGAAUUAAUACCUCAUAAAUUAUUUACAUUUUCUAAAAUAUGGUUACUCUACGCACAAUUCGAAAUUCGAAAUAAAAAUUUAACCGGAGCCCGGAAAGCAUUGGGUACGGCCAUUGGUAAAUGUCCUAGAGAUAAAUUAUUUAGAGGUUACAUAGAUUUGGAAAUUCAAUUGAGAGAAUUCGAUCGUUGUCGUAAAUUAUACGAAAAAUUUUUAGAAUUCGGACCGGAAAAUUGUGUGACGUGGAUGAGGUUUGCCGAACUCGAAAUGUUAUUGGGAGACGUCGACAGAUCGAGAGCCAUUUACGAACUUGCCGUUUCUCAACCUCGAUUAGACAUGCCUGAACUAUUAUGGAAAGCUUACAUAGAUUUCGAAAUAGCAUCGGGUGAAAUGGACAAAGUGAGAAACCUUUACGAAAGAUUAUUGGAAAGAACGUUACACGUCAAGGUUUGGAUGAGUUAUGCCCAGUUCGAAUUAGAAUAUUCAAACGAAGACAAUAGCGUUUCGUUAGCGAGGUCUAUAUACGAAAAAGCAAAUCAAGCACUUCGGUCAAACAAUCAAAAAGAAGAAAGAGUUUUAUUAUUGGAAGCGUGGAAAGAAUUCGAAAGCAAACAUGGAGACGAAACGACGAUAAAUAAAUUAUUAGAAAAAAUGCCCAAGAGAGUUAAAAAGAGACAGAGAAUAAUUGCACAAGAUGGAACCGAAGAAGGAUGGGAAGAAUUUUUCGAUUACAUAUUUCCAGAGGACGAGACUGAUAAACCUAAUUUGAAAUUAUUAGCAAAUGCAAAAUUAUGGAAACAAAAAAUGCAAGAAAUACAAGAAGAAAAAGAAAGUGGAAAAUAA